AUGCUAAGGUACAACGCUACGCACAUGUUCAUUCAGGCGUUUGACAGCAUUGCCCACAACUACCCGAUGGACUUCAAUCUGUUGCUCCAAGCCGCCACAUAUAACAACGAUACAGUGUUCAACUAUCUAUUGGACGAGAGCAGUAGCAUGAUGCUGGACAUGAAGACCCUGCCAACUGUCAUCUUCAAGCAUGGCAACUUGGACAUUCUCAAACGAUACCUCGCAGGCGUAGCCUACCGCCCAUUCCCAAUGUCGGCGAUUUAUAUGCUCUGUCGUGUCGUAAUCAUCAAAGGUAUAAUGAUCAUAAUAUCUCUCAGUCUUUGGCAUGUGGUCCAGGAUGUACUGCACACUAUCCAUCAUGUUGCAUUUGAUAGAGUGUGUGAGCGCCCUCUGCCACACGGUAGGCAAGUAGAACAGGCAGUUGAACUCCUCAUGCAACAUAUUGAGCAUGCUCACACUGACGCCACGUCUCCUGAACUUAUUUGUAUUGGCGCCAGUGGGCAACGCAUCGUGGUCUAUCGCGAUGUGUUGGAGCAGCAGGCGGACGAACUGCACGUUGCCAGUGUCGACAGCCACAGGCCGGUGGAUACCGGUAUCCACAAAGAGAGUGCACCACUUCUGGCAAAGUGUGUUCGACGAUGUGCCAAACAUGGCAACGUGGCCAUCUUCCAAUUGUUGAGCCAGACCGUGGUCGGUUCAAACUACCUUAGAGAUCAUGACAUUGUCGACAACAUUCGGCUGGCGCUGGAGCAUGGACGCCAAUCAUUCAUCAAUCAACUGGUCCAACAUCACAUGGACAACGGCACAAUCACAUCAGCAUCCGAGGACAUGAUCAAGCAAUGUUACCUCGACCAGGUGGCUGGGGGAGUGUUUAUCGUCAGGCCCCAUGGGGCCAUACUCAACGAUGACUAUAUGGGCAUGGAGUCACUAAUGGCGAACGAUGCUACUGAAGUGCACUUGCUCGAGAAGAUGUGUCAACGUAUGUCAGAGCCGAUGGCACGACUGAUUGCAAGUGCCCGCGCACAAACACUUAGAUUCAGCGAAGAUUCAUUGUUCAACUUGGUACGUGCUGUGGGCAAGCCAGGCAGCAACAUCACUGCCGACAUCGUCUGCCAGUUCAUCGUCAACCACAACGAACAGCUCCUAUCAUCCCUAUCAUAUUAUCGCGUCGAUAUUAUGCGAUAUGCAGCGGUCUUCUCGGCGCAGCUGUUGACUCUACUUCACACAGGUCCAAGCCCUCAGUACAAUUGCCUCGAUGUGGCACUGGGCGCAGGAUGUCGCGAGACAAUCGAGUAUCUGUUCCAACAUCUCGACGAGGAGGAACUUGGUAGAAACUCAGCCUCAACUGACUUUACUGAUGAGCCCAACUCAUAUCAGUUGGUGACCAUCCAAUCAAUCAUCGAGGAGGCAUAUGUGCAAGGAACACAUCGAAUCAUCAAGUUAUGUCAGGAGCAGACCAAGUUGUACACACCAUUUGAUCAUAGUAUUCCAAAACCUGUUGACACUGAUAUCAAGAUGAGUGAUCCUCAAUUGGAGUCAGCGAUUCAUUCAGUGUUUGGUAACAGGAAGCUUAUUGCGAUUAUCAUGGGACACAUUACCAAUGUUCAUAGGUCACUGGGGGCCAAUGUGAUCAAAGGUUCACAGCUACUUGACAGACAUUGCUUGUUUCAAUACAUCAAUUAUGGUGCAGCGGAAUGGUUUCUCAAGUACUACAAAACAACAACAUUCUCAAGUAAUCUCCAUAUCAAUUUUUCAUUGUUAGAGAGUGCCUUGUCCAAGGCUAACGUAACGGCCACCUACGCACUGCUGCGCAACCCAAUCAUGUCACUCAUGUGCGACAAAACCCCAUCACUCUACUUCAUCUACAAGGUAUCAGCAUGUACAGAGUACAACUGGCGGUGGGCUGUGGAGCUAUACACGCUCAUCACCUGUCGCAAGGUCUGCCCCCAGUUGGACAAGGACAUCUUGUUACAUGUCCACAACCCAUUGUUCAUUCAGUUUAUUAUGAAGCUGAACUGGACCCUCAAGCCAUUGGCCAACAAUCCCAACAACAUUGCAAGAAUCAAUCAGAUUUGGCUUUCAGAGCCUUACGCUGUCGAUAUGCUCGUUGUUCUGGAUGAGCAUUCAUUGAUCAGCCAUGACUUGGAGAUUCAACUGCUCAUUGCGGCAAUCGAGCUGAACAUCACACUGGUCGUCAAAUACUUUGUGGAGGACAAGUCCAAGGUGCAGUUGAUCAAGGAGCAGGCAAUGGACAAGGCACAGACAAUUAUUGAUACAUGUUGCACCCAGGCAUUGGAAAUUGGACGCAUGGACAUAGUUGACUUCAUAUUCAAUCACAUGGAUACUGACCCAAAGUACUUGGCGACCAAUCAUCAAAUUACAAUUGAUAUCCAAGCAAUUCACCAGAGCAUCUUGUCGGUGGAGUUGCUCGAGAGGCUGAUUGCUCACCCCAAGAUCAACUGGAACUUCUCUAGUUUGAUGGGAGUGGCCAUCAAGUCACGUAACAAGGCAGUCAUUGAAUGGUUGGAGCAGCACAUUGACACCAAUCACACCAACCACCUAAAGGCUCGUCUCAAAGCAUGCGAAGUAGGUGACCUGGACAUGUUGAGGAAGUUCAUGUCCAAUCAAUCAAAGAUGUACACCAAGACCAAGCUCGGCUAUAAUGAGCUGUGCUCGUUGAUUAAACGGGUUGGCAUACCUGACAGCACGGUGACCGAGGAAACAAUCAUUGAGUUCGCCAACAAGGAGGCCAGGACCAAGUCGCUCUCCAAAAUGCUCGCAUUGUUGAAUAGUGAAGACAUUCACUCGUUCGCACACUUUAAAUUGGCGAUCAAACAUCUCUACAAGCAUGUCGUCAGCGACCUAGAUUGUGCGACUAGUGAAAUGCGCGUCCACCACAUUGCACCCAUGAUUGAGUCAUCUUACAAACGUGGAGAUCUUGAUGUAAUAUCUCGUCCCACUGGUAUUGUCCAUCUUGAAGAGAAACAAGUUCAUUGGUUGUGA